AUGCGCGUGGACGCACACGGCGUGCACCUCUGCACGCUAAACCUGACCGUACCCGUACCAUUCUUCUCAAAUCUCAUGGAGAUGGGUGAUUGUGCAAGCCGAGCGUUGCCGCCGGUGCCGCUCUCCGAGCUCAUGCGUCUGCUGGAGCAAGAGACACCCGAGGACUAUUGGUCGUCCCCGCGCGGCUUUGUGGUCCACGGUGGCCGCGUCGGAUCGACCGCGCUUGCCAAUAUGCUCGGCUCGCUGCCCGACGUGGUGGCGCUCAAGGAGCCCGAGGCGUUUACCGACCUCCUCCUCUCGGCCGCGCCGUCGGCCGACGAGGCCGACUCGCCGCUGCGCUCACUGACGCAUGCCUUCCGCGCGCGCGCGCUGCGCGCGGUGGCGCACCUCUUCUUCCGCGCGUCCGCCUCGCUCCGCCUCGGCGCGACCAACGACCGCGCCUACGCCGGGCGCACCUCGCUCGUGGUCAAACUCUCUACAGCCGGCACCGCGUGGCCCUCGUCGCUGCGGCUCUUGCGCGCGGCCUUCCCGAGCACGCCGUUCGUGUACCUCGUGCGCGAGCCGGCCGCGUCGCUCGCGAGCCUCCUCGCGCCCGCCUCCCGCCUCGAGCUCCACGACGCGCCGUGCCUGCGCUGGCGCGCGCGCCUUCCCGAGCACCAGCUGCCCGGUCUCCUCGCGGUCGCCGGCGCGGCGGACCCUCUCGAGCUGAGCGCCGAGCAGUACUGCGCGGCGCACGUGCACGCGCUGUACGCCGCGAUGGGCCGCCAGCUCGACGAGGACCGCGCGAGCGGCGGCGAGAGCCGUGAGGGCGGCUCGCUCGGCCGCGGCGUCUCCCUCGGCGCUCCGCUCUCCCUGGUGAUCGAUCACUCCGAUCUGCCCGACGCGGUGCCUUCGCGGCCGUCGCGCCGGUGCGACGCGGCCGACGACGAGGCGCUCGCGGCGUCGGCCAUCGCGGAGCUCGGCAUGGGGCGCUUUCGUCGCGGCGAUCUCUUCGGAGCGGAGGCGUGCUGGCUCGCGGCGCUCAAGCGGCCGGACGGGGCCGACAGCACGCGCGCGAGCAUCGCGCUCAAUCUCGCGAUGCUGGAGGAUCUGCUCGAGCGGCGCACACGGCGGCGCGUGCUCAUCCCGCCGCGGGUCUCGAGCGCGCCGCUCUACCCGCGGGCAGAGACGCUCGAGGCGGCGAGGGCGCACGACGCGGCAAGGCGGCGGGCGACGGAGGCGUCGCUGCCGAGCCUCGAUCCGGCCGUCGCGGUGUAUGACGGGGUGCUCAGCGACGACCUGUGCGACGAGAUCAUCGCCGCGUUCGAGUCCGCCGAGGGCCGCGCCGAGCACUACGCUGGCAGCGUCAGCCGCGGAGACGGCUUCGUCGUCGACACCGAGGGUAAGCUCACCACCGAGAUUGACGUCUCGCGCUCCCCGUCGGCCGUGUGGCAGGGCGUCGACCUGCUGCUGCUGCAGGGCGUGCUCCGCGCGCUCGCCGACUACAGCGAGCUCAACCCCGGCGUCGAUGCGCCGCAGCAGAUGCGAGACGAAGGCUUCCGGCUGAAGCGGUACCUGCCAUCGGAGCCGCCCGAGCCGCCGCAGCACCACGCUUGGCACGUCGACAGCGGCAGCAGCGGCACCGGCUGCCGCGCGAUCGCGGCGCUGCUCUACCUCAACGACGUGCCCAGCGGCGGAGAGACCGUAUUCAUGCGCCCGCAGCCGGUUGAGGUGCGGCCGGCGCGCGGCAGGCUGCUGCUCUUCCCAGCGGGUCUCGGCUUUGUGCACGCGGGCGCGCCGCCGCAUUCGGCCGCCAAGUACGUCGCGAGCAACUUCCUAUCGAGCUGCGGCGAGCCGCCCGUGGAGGCGGCGCACUUCUUCCCGCCGCUGCCGCUGCUCAACGCGAGCCGAGUGCAUGAGCUGCGGACGAGGUGGGCGACGCCGCCGCACGCGGUGCGGGCCGGCGGCGGCGCGUACCUCGAGGCGUCGCAGACGCCUCCCGACUGCUCGACGGCGCGUCUCCUCAUCGCCGGCGGCGACCCAAAGGACUUUGAAGGCGUCGGCUCGACGCUCAUGGCAGCGGUGUACGCCCAGGCGCAGGCGGUGCACUCGCAUCGCACGCUGCUGUGGGGCCCUCGAGAGACGCACCCGCCCAUCUUCCGCGGCGCCAACUGCAGCGCAGAGGCAGCGAGCGACACGUUCGGCUUCUCGUGCUACUUUGAGCGGCUGGGCUCGUGCGAGUGGCACGCGCACGUCUUCCGCAGCGAGGCGCUGCGAUUCAUCCCCGAGCCCUACUCCGACGUGUCUCGGGUGACCAUGUCAACCCCGCUGCGCGGCGCGGCGCUGUACGUGCCGCCGCCGCCGCUGCAUGCGCUGCUGCCGAGCAGCGUGGGCGACAGCGCAGUGCGCACGGCCGAGUGCUGGGCGGGCGCGGUCGCCCGUCGCGUGCUGCGCCUCCGCAAGAGCGUCCGCUCUUAUCUCGAGGCUCGGCUUGCAGAGAGCUCGAGCGGCGGCGGCGGCGACGCGCAGAGCCCGCGCUUCUCGGCCGCGUCGGCCUUCUCGACGUCGCCCAUCCUCGGCGCGCACUUCCGAUCGGGCGACAUCGUGACCGUGGUCGACGUCAGCGGCGGCACGGACAGGCAGUACUCCAACCGCGAGAUGCCGAGGGCGGAGCACCUCGUCGAGGCGGCCGCGCGGCUGCUUCCGAUGCUGCCGACGGCUGCCGACCGCAAUGCGACGGGCCUUCCGCCGCUCGUCUAUCUCGCGACCGACGACGAGGACGCGGCCGGCAUCGCCGACGCUCUUGCCGGCGCGGCCAACGCGAGCGUGCGCUUCGCGGGAGGCGCGUUCCGCCACGCAAUGGGCUCGCACACGACCGCAUUCGCCGCGACCGGCAUGAGCGAUGAGCACGGGCUGCCGCUGCCGUAUAACCAGGCCGCGAGCGCUGUGCGUGAGAUUGGAGGCGCGGCGGAGGUCUCUGCCGCGCAGGAGAGGGUGCGCCGCGACGCGCUGCUCGACCUGUUUGCGCUCUCGCGAUGCGCGGGGCUCGUGGGAGCGGCGUCGAGCACGUUUGCAGUGCUCGCUCGCCACUGGGCCGUCGGACGCGGCCACGGGCUCCUCGGUAUGGUCGCGUGGACUGACUUGGACGGCGUCGUCUCCGGUGAGCUCGCGACUGGCUUCCUGCGAGGCAUGCGCCACGGCACGAAACGCAUCGUCGGCAACGGCGCCGACCGCCACCAAGUCGCGCUCUCGCGCCUCCUCGGGCGGCCGCUGCUGCCGACCGACCCGCCCAUCCAAAUGGACGCGGCGACGGCGGUGCCGAUCGUCCCUCGCGACUUGUUUUUGCAGUCGGUCGCUCCCGCGUGGCGCUCGCGGGAGCCGGUCACGGCUCACUGCGCGUGCGAGCCGACCGUUGUACCCAUCAAGGGCGACACGGACAGCGACCACCCUGCCAAGGGCUGCGACGUUGCGCUGCUCGUCAAUCGAGGCAGCGCCGCGUACUAUGGCGAGGUGAUGAACUGGGAGGGCGCGGCCGGCUGCUGGCGGCGCGCGCGCAUGCUGCCCGGCCGAUCCGCGUAUGCGCAGUUCCAGAUCGCGACGAACGCGAGCGUCAUCGGCGACGUCGCGCGCACCAACCUCAAGGAGCUCGAGCUGCGAAACUUCAAGGAGAUCGGCGCCGCCUACGCCAACACCCGCGAGGCCCUCGUCGUCCGUGGCGGCUGCCGAGAGGACGAGCCCGAGAACUUCAAGGAGGACGAGAUCGCCGCCUCGCGUCGCGCGCCGCUUCUGCUCCACAUCGACGGCUGGCGAGGCUUGGCGCACUCGUACGCGCUCGUCGCCGCGUCCCUCGUCUCCGAGCUCGCCAGCCGGUGCGGGGUGCGCCUCUCGUGGUCCGACGCGACCUCUCCGUUUGGCAACGACCGCCAUCGCUCGAGAGUGACGACGCCGCUGCCGCCAAACGUGCGCGUGCUGCCACCCGGGGAGGUCCCACCCGGCGCGGUCGUCGUGCGCAUCGCGUGGCCGAUCGCCGAAGGCUCUCCUUCGUGGGGCACGCUCGCGCACGGCAUGGCCGUGCCGACGCGCCUGCUCACGCCGUCUCUCUACUCACUCGAAGGCCUCGCCUCGUGCGGAGUGCCGCGGGAGCGAAUCGCCCUCGCGCCGCACGGCGUGUCCCCCGCCGCCUACGCGCCGCUCGACGCGGAGCAGAGGGCGCGGCGACGCAAGAAGCGCGGCUGGGAGGGGCGCUUCGUCUUCCUGCACGUCGGCGCGGGCACGCCGAACAAGAACCUGAAGAUGCUACUCCAGGCGUUUGCGUCGGUCGCACACUCGAGCCGGCCGCUGCUCGUGCUAAAAGGCCUCGAGGCGCUGUACGGCUCGAGCGCCAAGGCAAAGGAGGCGCUGCAAGCGAUCAGCCCGCCGCUCUCGGUCGACGGGCCCGACGCCGACGUCGAGAUCAUCGGCGCGCAGCUGAGCGCGGCGGACAUGGCCGCAAUGUACCAGAGCGCGGACGCGUACGUGAGCGCCUCGAUGGCGGAGGCGUUCCAGCUGCCGCUCGCCGAGGCGACCGCGGCGGGCCUGCAAGUCGUCGCUCCCGCGGGCGGCGCGGCGGAGGAGAUUAUCGACAGCCGGCACGCGGUGCUCGCGCCGUCCAUCCUCGAGCCGCGCAGCAGCGGGCGCGGCUUUGUCGUGCGCGUGGACGAGGCGGGCCUAAAGGAAGCGAUGACGUUCGUGCUGACCAAUCAGACGAUGGCAGAGACCGCGCGCGAGCUCGGGCCGAGCUGGGCGACGGUGCGCCUCUCAGCCGAGGCCGCGGCCGACGCGGUGCUCGACGCGGCCUUCGUGGGAAGCUGGUGA